AUUACAAUAGUUAUUUAAAUGAUUUCUUUUCUUCUUUACAGCUUCAUCAUGCCACCAAGAGUUCAACAGCGACGGCACCAAACACGGGACCUUGACUUCGCCGCACUACCCGUCGCCUUACCCUCCUAACACUCACUGCCACUACGAAUUCUUCGGAAGAGGAAAAGAGCGAGUUAGAUUAGUAUUUCAAGACUUCUACUUACAUAAGUCAGCAGAUGGCUCUUCAGACUGCACAAACGUGGAUUCACUGCAAGCGUUCAUCUACGUCGAUGGGCGACUGGAGAAAGUGGACAUGUUUUGUGGCAUCAGCCUUCCCAAGCCUAUCAUGUCAAAUGGGCCCAAGUUGAUGCUAGAAUUCCGGGGGACCCAGUCUUCGAGAUACGCUAGAGGAUUUAAGAUAUCUUAUUCAUUUGUAGAAAAUUUCGGAAUCAGUACAGGAAGGCAGCUGAAGGAGUUCCCGUGUGCGUUUGUGUACAAUAGUAGUGAGUCGCGCAACGGAACCUUCGCCUCGCCCAACUCUCCAGGCCCGUAUCCACGUGACACAGAGUGCACGUACUUCUUCCACGGCGGGGAGACAGAAAAAGUUCACCUGCACUUCACUAGCUUUGAAGUAGAAGGAGUUUCACCAUGUGAAGCCGUAUCUGCUAGUGACUACGUUGAAUUUUCAAACUCCAUGACUGAAGAUAGUAAAUUUGGAAGAUAUUGUGGACAAAGGAAAGAGUUCCAUGUAGAGUCAGAAAGAAACUUUUUCAAAGUGACGUUCAGGUCAAACGAUAGGCUAGACGGGACUGGGUUCAAAGCUAUUUAUCAGUUCUUAGAAAUAACAGACAAAUACCAGGCGCCAAUGCAAGAAGAAGCUUCAAGCUCUAUGUGUAUACUUGGUCAUCGUUUACUGCUCAUCGCCGUGGCAUUAGCGCAAUUGCAUUACCAAUUAUAUCAUUAAAUAAAGUGAUAUUAGAAUAAUUGACAUAGUGUAUAAUCCUGUAUAUUUUGUAUAAUAGCAUGUGCCAUACACCUGUAAUUACGUAGAAAUGCAAUAUUUUCUAUAAUGUUACUCUUUAAGUUUUUCUCUAUACUAUUACCAACUAA